UCACCCCGGCGCACGAUAGUACCUAACACUUCCUUUUUUAUUCUUCAUUUUAUUUACUUACAAGUAACUCGAGCCUCUAGAGCUUUCCUCUUUUGGUUUUUUCGUUCUUUCAAGAGAUUUCGUUACGUUACAGUGAAGGUGUGGCCGAAAUUUCUAUGCUGAUUUCAAGCGGCAGAUCUAAGUCAUCUUAAGCAAGUGCAGUCCUUUAAAACGACAGAGGUUGAGUGAUUUGAAGGCCAGACCUGCUGCUGUUAUUUGGCAUGUGGGAACGUGAAGGCAGAGCAUUCUCGAUGUACAAGAGGAUGCCAUCUAGAGAUCGUUCAGAUGUAAUGGAUGUAGAAGAGAAUUCAGCUUUCUCACAGGACAGCAUGGAUGUAGAAACUACAAAUCCUUCAAUGUGGCUUUCUUUCCCACAUGUUGUAGUGGGAACCCUAUCUUCAUUCCUAUUUGGCUACCACCUUGGGGUAGUUAAUGAACCGCUUGAAAGCAUCUCUUUAGAUUUAGGUUUCACUGGGAAUACUCUGGCUGAAGGUCUGGUGGUUAGCACAUGUUUAGGCGGUGCCCUUAUUGGAUCUUUGUUCAGUGGUUGGAUUGCUGAUGGUGUUGGGCGUCGAAGGGCAUUUCAAUUGUGUGCUUUGCCUAUGAUUAUUGGUGCUUCUACAAGCGCAACAACAAAAACUUUGGCGGGUAUGCUCAUUGGAAGGUUCUUAGUCGGGACUGGAAUGGGAAUUGGUCCAUCUGCCGUAGCUCUUUAUGUGACAGAGGUUUCCCCUGCUUCUGUAAGGGGAACUUAUGGAAGCUUCAUCCAGAUUGCCACAUGUCUCGGACUUAUGGUAGCUCUAUUUAUUGGAAUCCCUGUCAAAGAAAUUGCUGGCUGGUGGCGCAUUUGUUUUUGGGUCUCCACAAUUCCUGCUGGAUUUCUUGUCGUUGCCAUGAUGUUUUGUGCUGAGAGUCCACAUUGGUUAUACAAGCAAGGAAGAAUUGCUGAAGCUGAAGCUGAGUUUGAGAGGCUUUUAGGUGGAUCACAUGUCAAAUAUGCCAUGGUGGAAUUAGCCAAAUUGGACAGGGGGGAUGACGCAGACACUGUAAAACUCUCUGAAUUGUUCUAUGGCCGCCAUUUUAGAGUUGUUUAUAUUGGGUCAACUCUGUUUGCUUUACAACAGCUAUCUGGUAUAAAUGCUGUGUUUUAUUUCUCUUCAUCUGUAUUUAAAAGUGCGGGAGUGCCUUCAGAUGUUGCGAAUGCGUUCAUUGGAGUUGCUAAUUUAUCAGGAUCUAUCAUCGCUAUGCUUUUAAUGGAUAAACUUGGAAGGAAAAUGCUCCUUUUGUGGAGCUUCUUUGGCAUGGCUAUAUCAAUGCUCGUUCAAGUUGCUGCUGCAAAUACUUUUGUGUCAGGCUCUGCAUCUUUAUAUCUAUCAGUUGGUGGCAUGUUAAUGUUUGUCUUAACAUUUGCAUUAGGAGCUGGUCCUGUUCCAAGUCUCUUAUUACCAGAAAUUUUCCCUAGUCGAAUCAGGGCAAAAGCUAUGGCAAUUUGUAUGUCAGUACACUGGGUAAUCAAUUUCUUCCUUGGCUUGCUCUUCCUGCGCUUGCUCGAGCAACUUGGACCGCAACUCUUAUACUCGAUGUUCGCAAGCGUUUGUAUGAUGGCUGUAGUCUUUGUUAAAAAGAACGUAAUCGAGACCAAAGGGAAGUCUCUUCAAGAAAUCGAGGUUGCUCUUCUCCCACAGGAAUAAGCAGGUAUAUUUUUCUUCCAAAAAUUUUCUUUCCAAUUCAAUCUCUAACGUUCCUAGUAUCGAGCAGCCAAAACACAAUCACCCAACAUGAAAAGAAAAAAAAAAUCGUAUAUGCAUGCACGCACACCAAGCAUAAGCAUAUCACGGUGCCACACAGUCAUACUAGAUCAAAGUUGUAAGCCCGUGACGUUAUAUGUACACUUAUUGUAAAGCCAGUACUUUGGGAAUCCUAAGAUUUUGCUCUUAAUGAUUAGAUUUCUAAAAUCUAUUCUUUCAGUUGAGCCUAACUGUUUGGAACCUGAGUUCUCGAAUUAAAAUCCUUACAAUUGUGUUUUCUUGAUUUUUUUCA